CCUUUCCAACUGCGGCCGCCGGAGCAGAUCCGCAGAAAUGGCACCCCGCAAGGGCAAGGAGAAGAAGGAAGAGCAAGUCAUCAGCUUGGGACCUCAGGUUGCUGAAGGCGAAAAUGUGUUUGGCGUCUGCCAUAUCUUUGCUUCCUUCAAUGACACUUUUGUCCACGUGACUGAUCUCUCUGGCAAGGAAACCAUCUGCCGUGUGACUGGUGGCAUGAAGGUGAAGGCUGACAGAGAUGAGUCUUCUCCCUACGCAGCUAUGCUGGCAGCCCAGGAUGUUGCCCAGAGGUGCAAGGAGCUGGGCAUCACUGCCCUGCACAUCAAGCUGCGGGCUACCGGUGGGAAUAGGACCAAGACUCCGGGCCCUGGUGCCCAGUCAGCUCUGAGAGCUCUGGCCCGAUCUGGAAUGAAGAUUGGCCGCAUUGAGGAUGUCACCCCCAUCCCCUCUGACAGUACUCGCAGAAAGGGUGGUCGCCGUGGACGUCGUCUGUAAACAGUGCUGCACCUUUUGUCAUUAAAGCUCUCUUACAAACUUCGUCUGUGCAUUUGCUUACUGAACGAUGCUUGGAAGUUGAGCGGCUUUAGUUUGGUCUCAUCCACGAAUGGCUUAUUCUGAAUUCCCCUCUGAAGUGGGGCUUCCUGUUGGUGGUGAGGUUGUUAGUCCUGCCCUAAUAGAAUUGCUGUGUGCAUACACACCAGGAAGGCACUGGCAUUACUGCUCUCUCAGCUGUGCUGUUUGUGUGUUUAUGCUUCCAGAUGUGUGUAAGAAAAAUGACUCCACUUCGUGGUCCUGCCCUGCUUCCUGCACUGAUGUUUACUCUCCACUAAAUGUGCUGCCAUCAUCUGGAAUGAUUAAAUGCCCUUUUCCACCUUUUUAAGAAGUCCUUUCCCUAGCUCUCCAAGCUUUGAAAUCAGUUGUUUUUGUCACUUACUUGGCUAUAAGAUUUUAUACCAAGGGAGGACAUACUGGCAUGUGGUAUUUGAGAAGUACAGCUUCAAAUAACUGAGUUCCUUUCAGCUUGUAGUGUCAAGCUGACAGUUAAAGUAGAUUCUGCCUUUCAAGAGAGCUGAAAUGAUCAAAAUUCCCCCCGAGAAAUGUUGACUUCAGCCUUCGUACAGAAGUGCCUGCUUUGACAUGGGUCAGCCUUGUGCUGUCAUGCAAUUGCCAGGCAAUGCAGUGUGCAGUAGGUGGUUCAGGUGCUUGUCAUCAUCUUCUUCCUCUGUUGCAAUUCCACACUUCUCAGUGGGACUCUGGCUUGGCAGUGAGCAAGUGAGCUUGUCCAGCACUUGUGAGGUGGUUGUCCAGGAAUACUUGUGGUCGGGUUUAAGUGAUGGUAGCUGUGGCUUAUUUAUCAGGAUUGAUGAGAACUUGGGAUUUUAGCACAGCUACAUGGCAGAUGUGAAUCAUCGUGGACCUCAAGGUCCCGAGAUCUGAGAACUUCACUGCUUUGUCGUAGGCUCUUUCCAACACCUUUGCAACUUAAAAUACUUCAUGGGAUUCCUUUACCUGCCCACCUUUUUCGUUACCAGGAGGGGUGCUGUGACUAACAGCUUUGUUGUGCUCUCAAAGCCAGCUCUGUUCUAGCAAAGCUGCCCAGCCUGAAUGAGAUCCAGGGUGCGUUGCUCCUGUCAAGCCUCGUCUCCAGCUCGAGCUCUAGCUCCCAUGCUGUGAAAGGGGAUGUAUUUCACAGCAGAGGAAACGAGACCGAUGUGAAGCCGUGGUACGUCUUAGUUUUCAUAGCCAGAACUACUUGGAUGUUUGUGGUUUCUGAGUUAGUCGUGAUCUUUUAGAGGUGUCCCUGCUGUGGAAAAGAAAGCCGUGCCUGUGAGCGAGCUAACCAGGGUUGGGUUUUCUGCAAGCUGUUGCUUAAUACAUGACUUCCCCUUUUUGUGGAAAAAAGUCUCUUUGCCUAGGCUCGUGUUCCUAAGCCAGCAUUUCUCUUGGCGCAGCCGUCAUGUUUUACUUGUGAUUUUAUACGUGGCUGUGGAAACCUUUAGAAAUAAACUUCCAUUUCUGUCUUAAAA